AUGCCUUAUUUGUUCUCUUAUUUGCCUUUUGUAUUUUCUCCUUUGUCUGUAUACUCUUUCUUUUCCCUUGCUUUUUCAACUAUGCCUUAUUUGUGCUCUUAUUGGCCUUUUGUAUUUUCUCCUUUGUCUGUAUACUCUUUCUUUUCCCUCUCUUUUUCAACUAUGCUUUAUUUGUGCUCUUAUUUGUCUUUUGUAUUUUCUCCUUUGUCUGUAUACUCUUUCUUUUCCCUCUCUUUUUCAACUAUGCUUUAUUUGUGCUCUUAUUUGUCUUUUGUAUUUUCUCCUUUGUUUGUAUACUCUUACUUUUCCCUCGCUUUUUGCAACUAUGCCUUAUUUGUGCUCUUAUUUCCCUUUUGUAUUUUUGUCUUUUUUCUGUAUACUCUUUCUCUUCCCUCGCUUUUUGAACUAUGCCUUAUUUGUGCUCUUAUAUGCGUUUUGUAUUUUCUCCUUUGUCUGUAUACUUUUUCUUUUCCCUCGCUUUUUCAACUAUGCCCUAUUUGUGCUCUUAUUUGCCUUUUGUAUUUUCUCCCUUUUCUGUAUACACUUUCUUUUCCCUCAAUUUUUAAAAUAUGCCUAAUUUGUGCUCUUAUAUGCCUUUUUUGUAUUUUCUCCUUUUCUGUAUACUCUUUCUUUUCCCUGGCUUUUUUUUCAACUAUGCCUUAUUUGUACUUAUUUCCCUUUUGUAUUUUUUGUCCUUUUCUGUAUACUCUUUCUUUUCCCUCGCAUUUUUUUUCAACUAUGCCUUAUUUGUGCUCUUAUUUGCCUUUUGUAUUUUCUCCUUUGUCUGUAUACGCUUUCUUUUUUCCCUCUUUUUCAACUAUGCCUUAUUUGUGCUCUUAUUUGCUUUUUUGUAUUUUCUCCUUUGUCUGUAUACUCUUUCUUUUCCCUCUUUUUCAACUAUGCCUUAUUUGUGCUCUUAUUUGCUUUUUUGUAUUUUCUCCUUUGUCUGUAUACUCUUUCCUUUCCCUCGCUUUUUCAACUAUGACCUAUUUGUGCUCUUAUUUGCCUUUUGUAUUUUCUCCAUUGUCUGUAUACACUUUCUUUUCCCUCGCUUUGUCAACUAUGCCUUAUUUGUGCUCUUAUUUGCCUUUUGUAUUUUCUCUUUUGUCUGUAUACUCUUUCUUUUCCUUCGCUUUUUCAACUAUGCCUUAUUUGUGCACUUAUUUGACUUUUGUAUAUUCUUCUUUGUCUGUAUACACUUUCUUUUCCCUCGCUUUGUCAACUAUGCCUUAUUUGUGCUCUUAUUUGCCUUUUGUAUUUUUUCCUUUGUCUGUAUACUCUUUCUUUUCCCUCGCUUUUUCAACUAUGCCUUAUUUGUGCUCUUAUUUGCCUUUUGUAUUUUCUCCUUUGUCUGUAUACACUUUCUUUUCCCUCGCUUUUUGA